UCUACGUUAGGUCAUAUAUGCGUCUGCUACAGUAUAGUAAAAAGGGCUGUAGAAGAUGGUGUCCCCGCCGAUUUCCUGCCUGUAUGCCUGCCUGCUGCUUAAUCCAGAUCUUGCGAAGAUUUCUCAGUUGCUCGUGAUACAGACAUGCCUUCAGGAGUUUAUUGGUCCAUCGCCAACGGUGCUAUUAGAGCCGUUCUCUAACUGGCAAGAUUUAGUCACUUAUGAUCACGUGUUCGUGACUAAACCUAGGACAGCUGAGGAGAUACAGAGGACUGUUUCUGCUGCUUCAACUUGUGGGCUACAAGUGCGAGCCGUGGGCAGUGCACAUACCGCUGAUCAAGUUUUCGGUGGUAGAGGGCGCGUCCAUAUUAAUAUGUCCGAGUUGGCCUUAGGAGGAGGAAAGAGAGUGAUUAUGCAGCCCGAGAUUGCAGGCAAAAGGGUCGCCUCCGUGAAAGUUACAGCAGGAGUCACCCAGGCAGAGUUGAACAAUGAGCUUGCCAAGUACGGUUUUGUCUUUCAUCCGGGGCCUUUAAUUGGAGAAGCGACGAUAGGGGGAGCCGUUGCAACUUCAGCACAUAAUGGAUUCUACCACGAACCAUCGAUAGGUGGCUACAUGACGCGAGUGAAGCUCGUUGAUGGACGUGGGAAUAUAAGAGAAUUCAACCAAAACUCAGAUGCGAAUAUGAUGAAAGCGUUAAGAUGCCACUUAGGUCUACUUGGAAUUUUGUUUGAAAUUGAAUUGGAAGUUAUCCAGCAGGUUGCUGUCAAUUUCCAGCAAGUUUUCACUCCACUUCGGAACUUGUUUAGCCCGACCUUUCUCCGGGAUCUCAUACUCGAGAAUGAAUUUGUGGAUAUGUUUUAUGCACCAUACAAUUCACUAACAGAGAAGGAAACCAAAGAAGUGACACUCACAGGAAGGGUACCAAAGAGUUGGGACAGCGGAAAUGAUUUAGUGCUGAUAAGGAUUAUAAACCAAACCUCUGCCAAAAGAAAUUUUGAAGACGAAAGGCCGCCGUCCGUCCCACAAAUCACGUAUAAUAAGGCUGCAUUCGAAGCACAACUUUCUUAUCCCGUCUCUGUUGUGAAAAACCUCACAGACGUAUUGUUCCUCAAUAUUCUUGGGAUCCCGGCGGUUGACAGUAUGGAAUAUGUGAUGGUUGAUCCGAAUUUCACCAACGGAGCAGCAGCAAUGCAGGUUAGAUAUACAGUAUUUCAAUAA